UAAUAUUAGCAUAUUUUUUAGCACGAUGAAGUACAACUUUAUGUGUUCAUAAAAUUUCAAAAUGAAACGAGUAUUUGCACUCUGAGAUGAAUGAAAAUUAUUCAAGAUUUUCGAAGCAAGAAACUGGGCUGAUAUGAUGAAGCCCAGAUCUUACCCAGUAGUAUCAAAAUUUUAUUUACUUUCCCUUCUGAUAAUCAAAAUGAUUGCUGUCUCAAAAACUCAGUAACUUCAAUAUGAGAAUUGGAUUACAAUAGCUAGAUUUCUAAAAAACAGAUCCAGAAAAUGAAGGGUAGGUAUAUUAACAAAUUGAAGAAAGAAGUUGAAGAUGAAGAUGAAGGGUUUCUAUUCAUUGAAAAAGUCAAUUGAUCAUGUCCAAUUUAACUAGAAAUACCUUAUCUCGAAAGAGCAGUUCAGUUUCUUGAUGUAAUAAGUUCUAAUAACUUGGUUGUAUCUAGGAAAGUAUGAAAAAUGAUAAGUAUUGACCUUGAUGCAUAAAAGCUAUAAAUAUUGGACUUUUAGGGAGAACUUAUUAU